CAGAGAAGGUUGCACAUUUUCUGCACGCUUCUCCAAAGUUACCAGUGUUCCACUUUUUGGAGGAAAGUUUGAUCCCUGAUUUUAGGAAAAAGUGAAAUCCCGUCUCCGUGAAGUUUUAGUGCUACCCAUAUCGAGAGCGUAUUUAUUGUAGAAAAGUUUUUAAAAUUUCUCGACAUCAAAUGGCAUCAUCAUCGAGCUCAACAUCCGCGGUGAACCAAACGGGAUGGGACCAAUCCCGGCAGAGGAGCCCUUUUACCAAGGCCGACCCCGAAUUCAAGCUGAACGUGGCGGCACCUCCGUUCGUUUACCAGGCGCGAGCUUCAAGCUCGGCUGGAGUCCUGCGCAGCAUGCCGGAGAUUGGGUACAUCGGCCCAACCCAGCUGCCGGUGAACGGCCGUAUCUGGAAUCGUAUCUCCAACUACCCGCUGGAGCAGGCUCCCAUCGUUCGAAGAACCACACCGGAUCAGCUGUUCCAGCACUUUCAACAGCAGCAGCAGAAACAACAACAACAACAACAACACCUGCAUCAUCUACCACAGUACCAACGUAAGCAGCGCCAGUACUCCUCCACGCCGCACCUAGCCUACGAACCGGUUCGUCAGUUUGGUCCGGUGGUGCUGCCGAAUGGAAUCAUUCAGCUUCAAUUACGCGAUGCCGUGUCCAUUGAGAUGACCGUGGAUCGCUCGAUUAAGGUGGUCAACAGCCAGGUGCGAAUCACGAUGGCCCUAUCCAGCACGGGCACGUCUAUGGCAUUGAAGCACCCGAAUGGGAUCGUAUUCCAGAACGGCUCCCGGGUGGACAUCGUGGCGUACGAUGGUCGAAUGAAGAAUUCGUUUGUCCGUUACGCCAAGAUGUGGCAGAAGGGGAUUAGUCUCACCUGCGAAGGAUGCGCUCUGAUCUACCUUGUUGAUGCCGCCGGCACUCGCACCACUUCCGAUAUGAUCAACAUCGAUAUGAACACUGAUUACAUCAGUCCGGUCUUCCACCAUGGCUCUCGGAUCGGAUCCCAAUUCUACGAGGAAGCCAAUCAGAUUGCUCAGAGCGUAAACUUUUGGCUCGACGAUGACGGGACUGAAAUAUUCCACCUGAACGGUUUCCGCAUCCAGCAGACGAUGGAUGGCCUGGUGAAGGUGACCCGCAUGACUAACCGAUGCAACCUCCGGACGAGCCCAACUAAUGGUUCCGCUACGGUUACUACGCCUUACAUCCACUGCACGGCAUCCAUGGGGCAAACAUCGCAUCUUUUCGUACGCCGUGAAGAACGCCGGAUGCACUUCGACGGCAAUUCGUUCGUCGUUCGCAACGCGGGACAUUCGGCCGGAUUCGACGACUGUAACCGAUUGCGGGUGUACUAGCGAGGAGGAUUUAUCGUUUGCAGGAGAAAGUGAACUAUCCGACCCAUUUCAAAUUAAUGAAGAAAAGCACAUGUCAGAAGGUUGCAGCAUGUCUUCCUGACACGGGGGCGCGCGAGAGCCUCCUGCCUCUUGGUUAUAUGUUUAUCUAUCUUCGUCGGUAUAUUUAUUCCAUUUUACCCUUGGUAGACUGCCGGUGGAAGGCAGAGUAAGUACAAUUUAUCUUGCAUCCCGUUUGGCU